AUGGCUAUCAGUUUCAGCUAUUGGGAUGAUUGUGUUGACCCUCAGAAUUUUGAGGCAAUGUGGAAUGUACCUGAAGUGAGUGCUGAAUGGAUAAAGGCUGGAGAACAAAGAUGCCAAAAGGUUCACCUAUCACGUGAUCCCGAUGGGCAGCCAUAUUUAACACAAACUGAAAUGAGGGCUGUAGCUGACAUCAUUAUUACCAAGCACUUUCAUUCAGAGAUAGAUCCUGACAUGAUAUGUGCUAUUGCUGAACUUGAAAGUGAUAGACAACUACUUGUUAUGAAUUCCAGACACAAAUCUAAAGAGCCUACCGUGGGGCUUAUGCAACUCCUGCCAAAAACUACAGAGUGGUUGAUGAGUGAAUUAGGUUAUUGUUCAUAUGAAGCAGAUGAGAAUCGAGAAUUCUUAUUCAAACCCUUUGUAAAUGUAUAUUUUGGUGCUGCUUAUAUUAAAUGGCUGUCAAACUUUGAGAACAAAAAAAGAAGUGAAGAAUUUAUUGUAAGGGCAUAUAAAGGUGGUACAAAGAAGGCAACUCAUAAAUCCACUUUGCGCUAUUGGAAUUGCUAUCUCUCAGUUAAAGAAAGUUUUCGAUCCAGAAAAUCUGUUGAUGACAAUGUUUCACCUCCUGCUCACUCUCAUCCCUUACCUUCAUUAGAAAACUCAAAAGAUGCAAGUGUUGACACAUAUUGGGAUUCCAGAGUAGCCCCAGAAGAUAUGGAAGCUAUGUGGAAUCAUCUUGAGGUUCGAAAAGAGUGGAAUAAAUCCAAACAAAAACAAGGAAAGGUGCGGUUUGCACAUGAUGAAAAGAAGAGACCAUAUCUAUCCCGAGUAGAAAUGAAGGCAAUUGCAGAUAUAAUUCUAUACAAAUACCUCAGCACAGUGAAAAUUAAAUCCACAGUAAUUUGUGCCAUUGGGGAGGUUCUAAGCAAGCGUUUUCUACAUGGAGUUGGAGAACAACCUGGAAUAAUGGGGAUUGACUACUCCACUGCUUACUGGCUUUACUUGGAAUUGGGCUAUAGGGCUUAUAGACUUGAAUCUGUUGAUGAUCUUAACAAUCCAUUUGUGUCCAUGUACUUUGGUGCUGCUUAUGUAGCAUGGUUAUCAGAAUAUGAAGGAAGGGAAAGGCCACCGGACUUUUUUGUUCAAGCAUAUUUUGUAGGGCCAAAAAAUGUGAACCCUCAAGAUACAAGCACUCUCUGGCUAAAAUUUGAGGAAACUCUCAGCAAAUAUGAAGAAACAAAGAGGAGUAGCGAUAGCUGCUCUAUCAUGUAACCUAACGACGACUUGCCAAUCAAAUUAUGAUUACGAGGACUCUAUAUCCCAAACAGUUAUAUAGUGUUUCAUUUGAGAGCUUUGUAAUUAGAGUGGAACCAACGGAUUGAUGCUAUAGGAAAGGAAACAAGAGAAUGGAAAAAAGAAAAGAAAAAAAUGA